UUUGAUCUGCUGCUGCUGCUAUAGUUGAAUAUAGUGUGGGAAGUAGAGACAAGAGAACAUGAAGAACAGUUGUUCUGUCACUAUCUUAUUAAAAUUACUGUGCCCAUGUAUGGCAUUUGUCAAGGUCCCAACUCCCAACGUUUUCCACAGGAUAAAGUUCAACUUCCGCGUAAUAAAUUCUACAGUCGGGUAUUGGCGGUAAAGGAAAGUGAAGCGUGGCGUUUGAUAGAAGAGAGCAAGGAUGGAGGAAGAGGAAGUGAUGUCUUGCUCCUCUUCUGAUUCCGGUGAUGAAGAAUUUGAAGUUGAAAUUGAACAACUCAAAUCUCAGAAUGUGGAAGCCCUCCUCAGGGGUAACCUCAUCGUAAAGAGACAAUCGUUGCUACCGCGAGUAUUGUCAGUAGGUACAACAAAUGGUGGCGCUGUUUGCAGAAAGCCAUUUAAACCUCCAUCCUCUAAAUCCGAUGCUAAUUAUAACAAUAAUCAAGACCUUACUCGUAGACUCUCUGCUCGCAAGAGGUUUGUCCCUUGGGGCUCUACUACUCCUACCCCCAUUCCCGUACCUUUAUCAGAGUUGAAUUUGAAUUUGAAUUUAAAUGUCGCUGAGGAGGAGGCUAAACCGCCACCUUUGCCACCUGGAAUUGAUCCUCUAAUACUGUGGCACCCUCCCCAACAACCCGACCAUGAUGACUCUUCUAAUUCUAAUUUCACAAAAAUAGCAGUUGAUCCAUUGCUUGUUCGUUUCCUUCGUCCACAUCAGAGAGAAGGGGUUCAAUUUAUGUUUGACUGUGUUGCAGGACUAUGUGACUCACCGGAUAUACAUGGUUGCAUUUUGGCAGAUGAUAUGGGUUUGGGGAAGACACUGCAAUCCAUCACAUUACUAUAUACUCUUAUUUGUCAAGGCUUCGAUGGGAGUCCUAUGGUUAGAAAAUCCAUCAUUGUCACUCCUACCAGCCUCGUCAGCAAUUGGGAAGCUGAAAUUAAAAAGUGGGUUGGAGAAAGACUUCGCCUUGUUGCUCUUUGUGAAACCACAAGACAAGAUGUUAUCUCUGGGAUUAACAAUUUUACAAGUCCCCAAAGCAAUUUACAGGUGCUCAUUGUUUCAUACGAGACAUUCCGCAUGCAUUCAUCAAAGUUUAGUUCUAGUGGCUCGUGUGACCUUCUCAUAUGUGAUGAGGCUCACAGACUCAAAAAUGAUCAAACAAUAACAAACCGGGCAUUGGCUGCUCUCCCGUGCAAACGUAGAAUUUUGUUGUCAGGAACUCCAUUGCAGAAUGACUUAGAAGAAUUCUUUGCAAUGGUUAAUUUCACUAAUCCCGGAAUAUUGAGUGACAUUGCACAUUUUCGACGUUACUUUGAGGCGCCUAUAAUUUGUGGAAGAGAACCUGCUGCUACUGCAGAAGAGAAGAAACUUGGUACUGAACGCACUGCAGAAUUAAGUGCCAAAGUUAACCAGUUCAUAUUAAGACGGACAAAUGCAUUAUUAUCAAAUCACUUACCACCGAAGAUAAUUGAAGUUGUUUGUUGCAAGUUGACUCCGCUACAAUCAGAUCUGUAUAAACAUUUUAUACAAUCCAAAAAUGUUAAACGGGCGAUUACUGAAGAAGUGAAGCAAUCGAAGAUUUUGGCCUACAUAACAGCUCUAAAAAAGUUAUGCAAUCACCCAAAGCUCAUCUAUGAUACCAUACGAAGUGGGAGUCCAGGAACUUCAGGUUUUGAGGACUGCAUCCGAUUUUUCCCUCCAAACAUGUUAUCUGGAAGAUCUGGAUCAUGGACAGGAGGGCAUGGAGGCUGGGUUGAGCUUUCCGGAAAAAUGCAAGUCUUGGCAAGAUUACUUGCUCAAUUACGUCAGAGAACAAAUGAUCGCAUUGUUCUUGUCUCAAACUAUACUCAGACUCUUGAUCUUUUUGCACAACUAUGUCGGGAACAAAGGUACCCUCACUUGAGGCUUGACGGUGCUACAUCAAUCAGUAAAAGGCAAAAAUUGGUCAACUGCCUGAAUGACCCGUCUAAGGAUGAAUUUGUUUUUCUCUUAAGCAGCAAGGCUGGUGGUUGUGGACUCAAUUUGAUUGGGGCAAAUCGACUUGUCCUGUUUGACCCUGAUUGGAAUCCAGCAAAUGAUAAACAAGCUGCAGCAAGAGUGUGGAGAGAUGGACAGAAGAAAAGAGUUUACAUUUAUAGAUUUUUGAGUGCUGGAACAAUAGAAGAAAAGGUCUACCAGCGUCAGAUGUCAAAAGAAGGGCUGCAAAAGGUCAUUCAGCGGGAGCAAAAUGAUAGUGUUGAGGCACAGGGUAACUUUCUUUCGACAGAGGAUCUUCGCAAUUUGUUUACUUUUGAUGAGAAUGUCAAAUCAGAGAUUCAUGAAAAGAUGCGAUGCAGUCGGUGCCAAACAUGUGAUGAGCCACAAAAUACUGAUCUCCUAUCAACAAUGAUUAAUAGCGAAUGCGAUGAUGAUGAAACCUCUGAUAUAGGUGGAUUUGCUGAAAUUGCAGGCUGCUUAGGGAAUUUGAAAAGAUCAGAAAAGCAGGUAGGGAAUCCAUUGGAAGAAGAUUUAAGUAGUUGGGGGCAUCAUUUUUUCCCAGCUUCUGUACCGGAUACUAUUCUUCAGUCUUCAGCUGGCGAUGAGGUGACUUUUGUCUUUACAAACCAAGUUGAUGGAAAGCUGGUACCCGUGGACUCCAUAGUCAGUCCCAAGUUACAGAAAAAGGAAUUACACAAGCCAAGGCGGAACGUUGAGCGAAAAUCCACCCCUUUUGCUUUACAUGAUAAACUUGUACCACUACGUUCUGCAUUCGGUAUUGCCAAUAUGUCAUGUUCGUCUUCGAUUGCUCGGAGGAAGGAAGCAACGAGUAGUGUAAGAAUUACCAAAAAUAUUGCCCUGAAAAACACCGAACACUCUCUUGUAAAUGAAGUAUCACGACAGAAAAGAUCAUGCCCUGCUGAUACCAAUGAUGGGCACUCAUAUGUAAAUGAAGUACCGCAGAAAAAAACAUGUCCUGUUGAUAACAAUGAUGAUUUUGAGUAGUAUGUUUUUUUCCAAAUUUGGUUUAAUGUAUUGACACUCCUCUACUUUGGAAAUUAACGUCAUAUUGUCAGCAUAA